CGAGAGGUCCCCCUUGUGGCUGUACGACUAACACGUGUGUAUUGUUACAUAGCUGUUUUAUGAAACAGUUCCCAUCCUGUCCAAACAAAACAGCUACGAAUCAGACGCCUCUCAGUCAGCGAGCAGCAUGGCAGACUCUUUGGGCAGGCUGUGCUAUGUCCCCGCAAAGAAGUCUCCUCAAAGGGUCAGAGAGCGCGGAAAGUGGGCCAGCAAGACAGAGUUCAUCCUAUCAGUGGCAGGUGCCAUCAUUGGACUUGGCAACAUUUGGAGGUUUCCAUAUUUGUGCUACAAGAACGGCGGUGGAGCGUUCCUCAUUCCUUACAUUCUGUUCCUUGGGACCUGCGGUAUUCCUUUAUUUAUUCUGGAGACAGCUCUGGGCCAGUACACCAGUCAAGGGGGAAUCAUGUGCUGGAGGAAGAUCUGCCCCUUGUUCGAAGGCAUCGGAUACGCCAGUCAGCUGAUCAUUUUCUAUGGAUGUAUCAGCUACAUUGUCAUUUUAGCCUGGGCCUUUCUCUACCUUUUCUCUUCUUUCUCUGGAGAGUUGCCAUGGGCAACUUGUGAUAACACAUGGAACACAGACGCUUGCGUGGUAUUGAGCAACUAUACCGCCAACUGGACGUCGUCUAUGAACAUAUCGUCGUCUGUUGUAGAGUUUUGGCGACGACGGGUGCUAAAUAUAUCCAGUGGCAUCGAGGUUUUAGGAAACAUCCAAUGGGAGCUUUCUCUGUGCCUUCUCCUUGCUUGGAUCAUCUGCUACUUUUGCAUCUGGAAGGGAGUGCGAUCCACCGGGAAGGCGACUUACGUCACAGCGACUUUCCCCUUCGCCAUGUUGGUGGUGUUGUUUAUCAGAGGAAUGACGCUUCCUGGAGCCAUGCUUGGCGUCAAGUACUACCUGUACCCCAAUCCUGCACGCCUGGCUGACCCGCAGGUGUGGAUGGAUGCUGGGACCCAGAUAUUCUACUCCUAUGCUUUAUGUCUGGGAUGUCUGACCACGCUUGGGAGCUACAAUAAGUACAACAACAACUGCUACAGGGACUCGUACUUGCUUUGCCUGCUCAACAGUGGCACCAGCUUUCUUGGUGGAUUUGCCAUUUUCUCUGUUUUGGGAUACAUGUCCCAAAAACAGGGUGUGGACAUCGCCUCAGUAGCCGAGUCUGGUCCAGGUCUUGUAUUCAUCGUUUACCCCCAAGCUAUAAGCCUCCUGCCAUGGCCCCAGCUCUGGUCUGUGUGCUUCUUCACCAUGAUUAUCUUGUUGGGAAUCGAUGGUCAGUUUGCUGGCCUUGAAAGCAUCAUGACCUCCUUGACUGAUAUCUACCCAUCCCAGAUCCAAAAAGGAUACCGCAGAGAGUUUAUUUUAUUACUCAUCUGUAUCUUUUGUUAUCUGUUUGGCCUCCUCCUGGUGUCGCAGGCUGGCUCAUACAUUCUGCAGAUUUUUGACCAUUAUGUCUGCAGUGGUCCCGCACUUCUUUUGAUGGCAAUCUUCCAGUCAGUGGUUCUUGCAUGGAUUUAUGGUGCUGAACGCUUCACUGACAACAUCGAGGACAUGAUCGGCUACAAACCUCUACCUCUGAUCAAGUAUAGCUGGCUCUAUGCUACCCCUCUCAUAUGCAGUGGUACGCUGGUGUUCGUGCUGCUGAAAUACACCCCACUCAUGUUCAACAACUCCUACGUGUACCCGUGGUGGGCCUAUUGGAUCGGUUGGUUUCUGGCCUUGUCUUCACUCUGUUUGAUUCCAAUCACCAUGAUCUGCAAACUAGCCAAUGGAAAGGGUACUAUCUGGCAGCGCAUCAAGACCAGCUGCCAGUGUGCCGACGACCUGCCCAUGAUGGCCAAGGAGAUGGCAAACCUUCGCAUCGCACUGAAUGUUCACGAUGAUGGGAAAAACAGUAAUAUUCGAUAAAGUAACAAUCAUUAUUUAAUGUCAUUUUCAAAAAAUAGUAAAUGUACAUUUUAUAGAUGAUAUUUUAUGCUAGUAUCUGCUAGUAAUUUCUAUGCAGUUUUUUUAUAUUGUUGACCUACAAGUCAGAAAGUCAUGGCAAAGUGACACUAUGAGAUAUAACUUUUUAUACUAUGCAUUAGGGGUGUACCCAUACAACUUGUUUACUUUAGCUACGACGCCAAUAUUGCAGCAUUGACUAUUGGCCGAUACCGAUACCGAGCUGAUACGAUAUCAACACAAAUAAUACAUACAGUACGUUUUACUUAUUUUGUAGUUUGGAAUGCUAGAAAGUAUUGUUUUGAUGACGUGUGCUCUGCAUGCUGGAUAGAAUACUUGAGCGGAGUCUAGAAUGGACUGUAUACCGUUUCGAUGUUAUAAGUUUCUUUUUUUACUCUUUUGGGUCUCAUUUGCAAGUAUGCAUUCAUUUUAGUUUCUACAACUGUAGGUGUGUUGGCGGUGCCAGGAAGUAGUCUUUGCCGUUAAGUUGAAUGUGCCAGCCCUGUAUUUUGUUGAGCCCGACAAAGUGUUUAUACCCUAAGUAUUUUACUUAUUAAUUUGUUGAUUGUAACCUACAUUUUAGAUGUGGUUUGGAUUGACAAGUUUUGAGGUGUGGAAAAUCGCUAUGUAAAAUUAAUAUUGCCAAUUAUUAUCAUGUAUAUGGCAUAUACAAUGUAAAUUAGCAUCGAGGUACCCCAUUUGUUUUAAUUAAUUUAUUUCAUGUUGGAAUUUUGCAGAGAAGUUAUUUUGAAUCUCAUAUAAGUUAUAUAGGCAUACUGUAAUUCUGUAUGUUCAAGUCAUCGGUAUUUUAAAGUAAAAAUUCUAACUUUAAGCUAGCCAGAAAAGAUGGUUGCGGGAGCAUAAUAAACUGCUUGUAUCUGACAUUUUAAAUGCAGGUCAAUUGGAUCUGAUACCUGUUUUUUGCUGAUAUAGGAACGAUAUCAGUAUCGGAUCAGGACACCCCAACAAUGCGUAGUAAUAUAACUGUAUCACUUAUUUCACCAUCUACUUUUUUCCUAACGCAUACUGUGUAUUACAUCUUUUUUUAUUACUUUACCACAUUAUUUAAUCUAAAUUUCCCCGCCAUCUCAGAUUAUGCUGUUACCUCACACAUUGGCUACUCAACUGCAGAGAGCACCUGGCAUCUAUUAGAGGUAGUUCUUUCUUUGUACAAGUGCCUUAUGAUAAUAUAUAAUCAUAGUUGUCAUAGUUUUUUCCACAAAUAGUGAUACUUCUUAAAAUGUACUUAGAAGUAAAUUCUGCACCAUUGUUAUUAUUAUUAUUAUUAUUAUUAAAAUACAUUCAAUAUAAUAUAUUUCGUAUUGAUCUGAAUAUAAGAUGACACUGAAUAUAAGAUGACACUGAAUAUGAGAUGACCUGCCUUUUUUGAGGCUAAAAAACAUUUAAAAAUUUUGUUUUGUAGCAAUAGUGUUGACCCUGCGAUGAGCUGGCGACUUGUCCAGGGUGUACCCCCGCCUUCCGAGAGGGACAAGCGUUAGAAAAUGGAUGGACGGAUGGAUGGAUGGAUUUUCAUAUCAGAGAAAUAACAAGUGGUAGAUUACAAUAAAAAGGCAAUCAUAUUUUUUAGCUGCUGAACUUUUUAAAGUCUUUUAAAGCAUUUUUAAAAUUAUCACGGUGGCAGAGGGGUUAGUGCGUCUGCCGCACAAUACGAAGGUCCUGCAGUCCUGGGUUCAAAUCCAGGCUCGGGAUCUUUCUGUGUGGAGUUUGCAUGUUCUCCCCGUGAAUGCGUGGGUUCCCUCCGGGUACUCCGGCUUCCUCCCACUUCCAAAGACAUGCACCUGGGGAUAGGUUGAUUGGCAACACUAAAUUGGCCCUAGUGUGUGAAUGUGAGUGUGAAUGUUGUCUGUCUAUCUGUGUUGGCCCCGCAAUGAGGUGGCGACUUGUCCAGGGUGUACCCCGCCUUCCGCCCGAUUGUAGCUGAGAUAGGCGCCAGCGCCCCCCGCGACCCCAAAAGGGAAUAAGCGGUAGAAAAUGGAUGGAUGGAUCAUUAUUUCUUCCCCUCUGUUGUUUGCUAACUUGCUAACAGCCUUCACAACACUUGCUUUGCUGUUUGAGUGAGUGACGAAAGAAUAGCUCUGACUUGAUUGGGGAGAAGUAAUAUAGCACCCCCUGUUAGUAAGCAUGUGUAGACCUCAAGUCCUUGCAUAUAGGACAGAUCUGGGCAAAUUAAGGCCCGGGGGCCAUAUGCAGCUCCGUUAAGAUUUUCAAUCUGGCCCGCCGGACAUUCCCAAAUAUAUAUUUUUAGAUCUUUAAGAUUGAAACUGUAGUUGCCAUUAUGAUGUGCAGUGAUGUUUUCAAAUUACCGUAAAUCUUGAACUAUACAAAGUAUUCCAAUGGUUGGAAUUUGCGGUUUUGCAUGAUAUACCAGUUACUAAAGUAAUCCAAUUAGUUACUAAGGUCAUCUAGUUAGUUACUAUGGUAAUCUACGUCACAGCAUCUUAGACGAGGCACCAAGCAGUGUGAGUGGGGAGCGUUUCCACAGAGUGUUUCCAGAGCUGCCAACCUGAAUUGCGGGACAGGUACCGAAGCGGAAGGAGAUUUUUACAACAAAGUUCUAAAGCUUAGUGAAGUAUAAAAUCGUAGGUGGUGGUUUUUUUACCUAUCGCGUUCAUUUUUCACUGUGUUUGUUGCAUUUUUGUUGCGUUUCGCUUGAUUGAAAAAAAUAUGUCGAUUGAGAGAGGGUGUGACGUUCAUAUGUUGUCAAUAUUCAGUGUUUUAUCGUUCAUAGUUAAUACUGUGAAUCCCACAUUCUUUAUUUUCAUGUACAUUCUGGGUGUCUCAUUCAGUAAAAAAAAAAUUAAAUUCCAUUUAGUUUUUAACCUGUGAUGAGGUGGCGACUUGUCCCGAGUGUACACCGCCUUCCGCCCGAAUGCAGCUGAGAUAGGCUCCAGCACCCCCCACAGCUCGGCCGAGAUGGACAAGCAAUAAUAAACGAAUGGAUGGCUUCUAUUUUUAAGGCGGUCUGUCAUAACGUUUUCAGCAUUCAAUCAGACAUUAUUGUGAGGUUUUGUAUCAGUGUUCCUGAAGAUAGAUGUACCGGCCCCUAGACACAUUUUUUCUCUAAUAAUUCAAAAAUGAUUGUCCAGGCCUGAUAUAGGACAAUAUUUUUUGGACCUUUUCCCUAGAAAAGGUACUGUCUUAUGUUCGGAUCAAAAAUGUGUUAUUAAGAGUAUUUAGUGUUUAUUCAGUGAUAAAUGAUUGAUAAUUACAUACAUUUUAGGGAUGGAAUUCACAAUUAAAUUUCAUCUCCUGGGGUGAUGAUUUGAUUGAGAAUCAAUUCACGAUUCAACACAAUUCUCGAUAGUCAUUAUAUGUAUUGUGAAACAGUGUUGUGUUAUAUAUCCGACUGAAAUUAAACAGUCAUUGUCACACCCGACAGACUGCUAUGAUGUUAAUGAUGUGUAUAUAUAUAUAUAUAUAUAUAUAUAUAUAUACAUACAUAUAUAUAUAUAAUUAUUUUUAUAUGUAUAUAUAUAUAUAUAUAUACAUAUACUUAAGACAUCUGAUUGUAAAGCUAAUCAAUAGCGUUGUUUUCAAUUUCUGAGGAGGGGGUGCUUGAGGUGCGGCGUUUAGUUAUUUAAGUGGACGCACUCUGCAAUUAUUGGUGCUCGGCGUCUACUAAGCCACUGUUGGAGGAAAUCGGCAGACAUAAAUGUGCAGUGUGGUGGCAUAAGCUUGUUUUUUUAGUGUGUAUUUUUUGGAGAAAAAAAAAGAUCCAACAUUUUUUGCCCUGCCGGAGCAGCCCUUUCGUAUUUGCGGCAUGGCAACACUUGGCUUCCUUCCCCUGCACCGUCUGCUUAGUUAAGUCGGCCUCUUGCUGGGCAUCACCGUGCCGGUUUGGACAUUUACGCUUCAUUUCCAUUUUGGCACCUUUCCUCUCACGCUGCUCGGACUUUUUAGGCCGCCAGCCGAGCAGCACGCAUGACCUCAUCAUCACCAAACACAUCAACUCAACUUUUGGCAAAGAUUUUGUAUUUAAGCGAGCAUUAAUACGAUUUCAGCUGAGAGGGAAAAGUUCUCGUUUUUUUUUACUUGUCAGGGAAAUGCAGGAAAGUUUGUUGUGAUUUUGUUUCUACCCUGGUAGCAUAGCAUGCCGCUAAAUAACUUCCCAGCCAGGUUACAAAUAUUUGAUCCCCAACCAACUUGAAGCAUUCCAAUGUGCCCAUGAAAUUAAGUCAGGUUGGCACGAUUCCACUUUCUGUCCAAUACCACUUUUGUAACAUUGUACAAACCCUGUUUCCAUAUGACUUGGGAAAUUGUGUUAGAUGUAAAUGUAAACGGAAUACAAUGAUUUGAAAAUCCUUUUCAACCCAUAUUCAAUUGAAUGCACUACAAAGAUAAGAUAUUUGAUGUUCAAACUCAUAAACUUUAUUUUUUUUUUUUGCAAAUAAUAAUUAACUUAGAAUUUCAUGGCUGCAACACGUGCCAAAGUAGUUGGGAAAGGGCAUGUUCACCACUGUGUUACAUCACCUUUUCUUUUAACAACACUCAAUAAACGUUUGGGAAUUUAGGAAACUAAUUGUUGAAGAUUUGAAAGUGGAAUUCUUUCCCAUUCUUGUUUUAUAUAGAGCUAAAACUCUCAGGUAAACAAAUAAACACAGCAGAGAUCAGAAAGUUCACUGAGGUCCUCAGAUCAGUCCCGCUGGGGUCAGCUUUGGUUCUAAAAUUUGACGAUCUAGAGCGGGGUGUCUCCGCGGGGCUAUUUGCAGCCUGCAGCUCAAUUUUAUUGGCCCGCCACAUAUUAUAAAUAGAAAAUAAUCAUGUCCCAGAUUAGAAUGUUAAAAAUAAAUUUCCACCAAAAAUGGGACCUGAAAACCACAAUGGCUGACGACCUGUGGAUGUUACGGCUCUUUCAUGUUUUCCAUAUGUCCUCUCAUGAUGAACAUGUGUACCACUUUCUUGCAAGAGAUGCUAUGUUUUCGAUUGUGUUAAAGCCCUCAAAAAAGUUUUACAGACCCAAAACCAUAGAAGUUGGCACGUUGUAUAAGUAGCAAAUAAAAACAGAAUAAAAUGAUUUGCUAAUCCUUUUCAACCUAUAUUCAAUUGAAUAGACUGCAAAGACAAGAUGCUAAAUGUUUGAACUGAGAAACAUGUUUUUUUUUUGUGCAAAUAACCAUUACCUUAGAAUCUAAUGGCAGCAAUACAUUGCAAAAAAGUUGUCACAUGGGGCAUUUUUACCACUGUGUUACAUGGCCUUUCCUUUUAACAACACACAGUAAACAUUUGGGAACUGACGAGAACAAUUUUUGAAGCACUUCAGGUGGUAUUCUUUCUCAUUCUUGCUUGAUGUACAGCUUAAGUUGUUCAACAGUCCAGGGUCUCCGUUGUAGUAUUUUACAUUUCAUAAUGCGCCACACAUUUUCAAUAGGAGACAGGUCUGGACAACAGGCAGGCCAGUCUAGUACCUGCACUCUUUUACAAUGGGAGACAGGUCUGGACUACUCCCAGGCCAGUCUAGUACCCACACUCUUUUACUACGAAGCCACGCUGUUGUAACACGUGACUUGGCAUUGUCUUGCUGAAAUAAGCAGGGGCGUCCAUGAUAACGUUGCUUGGACGGCAACAUAUGUUGCUCCAAAACUUGUAUGUACCUUUCAGCAUUAAUGGUGUCUUCACAGAUGUGUAAGUUACCCAUGUCUUGGACACCAAUACACCCCCAUACCGUCACUGAUCCUGGCUUUUGAACUUUGCACCUAUAACAAUCCGGAUGGUCCUUUUCCUCUUUGUUCCCGGGGACACGAUGUCCACAGUUUCCAAAAACAACUUGAAAUGUGGACUCGUCAGAACAGUUUUGCACUUUGCUUCAGUCCAUCUUAGCCCAGCGAAGUGUUUCUGGGUGUUGUUGAAUAAAUAGCUUUGUCUUUGCAUAGUAAAGUUUUAACUUGCACUUACAGGUGUAGUGAUAAAUUGUAGUUUCUGACAGUAGUUUCCUAAAGUGUUCCUGAACCCAUGUGGAGAUAUCCUUUACACACUGACAUCACUUUUUGAUGCAGUACCGCCUGAGGGCUCGAAGGUCACGAGCUUAACCGCUUACGUGCAGUGAUUUCUCCAGAUUCUAUAAACCUUUUGAUGACAUUACAGACCAUAGAUGGUGAAAUCCCUAAAUUCCUUGCAAUAGCUCCAUCCUUGUUUGUGGAUGACUGAGCAUUGAAAAUGCUUAGAUACCCAAUCAUGGCACCCACCUGUUACCCAUUUGCCUGUUCACCUGUGGGAUGUUCCAAAUAAGUGUUGGAUGACCAUUCCUCAACUCUCUCAGUUUUUUGCCACAUAUGCCAGCUUUAUUGAAACAGGUUGCAGGCAUCACAUUUUAAAAUGAGCUAAUAUUCGCACAAAACAACAACGUUUUCCAGUUUGAACAUUAAAUAUAUUGUAUUUGCAGUGUAUUCAAUUGCAUAUAGGUUGAAAAGGAUUAGCAAAUCAUUAUAUUCUGUUUUUAUUUACACAACGUGCCAACACCCUGUGAUGAAGUGGCAACUUGUCCAGGGUGUACACCGCCUUCCGCCCGAUUGUAGCUGAGAAAGGCACCAGCGCCCCCCGUGACCUCAAAGGGACUAAGCGGUAGAAAAUGGAUGGAUGGAUGGAUGGACAACGUGCCAACUUAACUGGCUUUGGGUUUUGUAGUUGGAGCUAUAAUAAUAAUGAUAAUUACAUAGGCUCAUGCCACUAACCAUCCACCCCCCAUCCCCACCCAGCCCUAGAGAGGGACAAGCGGGUGAAAAAUGGAUGGAUGGAUAGAAAAGAAAAAUUUAAAUGAAAAAAAUUAAUAACUUUACCCACAUGCUCCCAGUGCCACCCAUACUGGUUUAAAAAUGUAACUUAGAUAUUGGGUUUCACAAUGUACAGUGCUUUGAGUCACUAGAGAAAAGCGCUAUAUAAAUUCAUAAUAAUUCAUUUCACUUCACAAUUCUUGGGCAAAGUGCUUUACUUUACUUUACUGUAUUAAAGUAAAAGAAGUUGAAUAAAAUCAUAAGUACAUUAGAUACAUUACUUUAAAAAUAAUAAUAAUAAUGUUAUUAUGAAACAAAAAAACAUUUGUUUCCAUGCCGUACUAAUAAAUGUUAAAGGCAGCCACACUGGAGAACAGUCCAAAAUUCCUAGGCAGAAGAUAGUUGAUGAUCUCAAUGGAGCAGGAAAGAAAAGCUGUCAUGGAUUAAGGGGGUAUAUGUAAGAAAUCAGCAGGGGAUCAAAUACCUCUUUGCCCCCACUUUAAUGUGGAUGCUGUUGCUCGGGAAAAUAAUCCAGGCCUGAGCUGAGAAAGUAAGAACAAGUUGCCACACACUUCAUGUUUGGUUGUACAAUCAUGCAGGCCAUGAAUCAAUGUGUGCCCAAAUAAUGACUCAGAGAGUAUUAUUUUAUUUAAUCAAAACAGUCUUUUAUAUCACGUGAAAGCUCGGAUGGCGUGAGGAGCUUGGUUAUGGAGUGAUGUAGCGCACAUUUUCAAAAUGAAAAAUUUUAAGCGUGAACCUAUUCCAAAAUAAUUAUAACAAUAAGGCUGCCGGACCUUAACAGCCAAUUGCUCUUUGUCUAACAUUUAUAGCAGCCACAUAUGCAAGUAAUCUCCUUCCCACUACCUCUCGUUCUAAAAAUGGAGUCGUGAAGCGAACGAAAUAUCAUCACACUUUAACAUCUCAUCCAAAAUAGAGGCACAGUUGGACUAAAGUGAUGUUAUGAAUAUUGCAUGUUAUGUUUUACGUCUAUUUCAAGCCAAAACAAGUCUAUCUUACCUGAGUCUACCUAAAGCUUGCUGCUGGCUAUCUUUUUUAUUUUACUACUAUAUCUUAUAAUUUUUUGGGUAAAAUGUCUCUUUGCAUUUUUGUUUUGACGGAUUUAUUGUUCUUUUUAUACGUCUGUAUGUCACUAUAAAAUGUGUAUAAUAAAAUCCAUUAUGUGCCA